AUGAAGCUGUCUCUUCUCCUCACUAUUCUCCCCGCCGUCCUGGCUGCUCCGGCCGUCAAGCGCGACGAGCCUGCCCCUCUCCUCACUCCCCGUGGUAACAACCAGCUCAUCAACGGCAAGUACAUUGUCAAGUUCAAGGAUGGCAUGACCACUGCCUCUGUGGAUGAGGCCGUCAGCGCUCUGUCCCAGAAGGCGGACCAUGUCUACAGCCACGCUUUCCGCGGCUUCGCUGGCCACUUGAACGCCAAGGACCUUCGCACCCUUCGCAACGACCCUAAUGUCGAUUACAUUGAGCAGGACGCCAUCGUUACCAUCAACAAAUACGUGGAGCAGAAUGGCGCUACCUGGGGUCUCGGACGCAUCUCGCACCGCAGCAAGGGCAGCCCCACGUACGCGUACGACGACAGCGCCGGUGGCGGCACCUGCGCCUAUGUCAUCGACACUGGCGUCGAGGCCUCGCACCCCGAGUUCGAGGGCCGCGCCCAGCAGCUCAAGAGCUUCAUCAACGGCCAGGGCACUGACGGCAACGGCCACGGCACUCACUGCGCCGGCACCAUUGGCUCCAAGUCGUACGGUGUUGCCAAGAAGACGAAGAUCUUCGGUGUCAAGGUCCUCGACAACUCGGGCUCUGGCUCUUACUCGUCCAUCAUUGCCGGUAUGGACUACGUGGCCAAUGAUUACAAGACGCGCGGCUGCUCCAAGGGUGCUGUCGCCAACAUGUCCCUGGGCGGUGGCUACGCCGCAUCCGUCAACCAGGCUGCCGCUUCCUUGGUUAGAAGCGGCGUCUUCCUUGCCGUCGCCGCUGGCAACGACAAUGCUGACGCCCAAAACUACUCCCCUGCCUCCGAGGUUACUGCCUGUACCAUCGGUGCCACCACUUCGUCUGACCAGCGAUCCUCCUUCUCCAACUACGGCCGCGUCGUCGACCUCUUCGCUCCCGGCAGCAACAUCCUGUCCACCUGGAUCGGUGGCCGCACCAACACCAUCUCCGGUACUUCCAUGGCCACUCCUCACGUUACUGGUCUCGGUGCCUACAUCGCUGCUCUUGAAGGUAUCACCAGCCCCGCGGCCAUUUGCAGUCGCCUGCAGAAUCUCGCUACGAAGAACGUCAUCAGCGGCAUCCCUAGCGGCACUGUCAACUACCUCGCAUUCAACGGCAACCCCAGCGGCUAA